ACCCCGGAAGACCGCCCAGGCCCAGCUGCUGCCGGCAGGACAGCAUGACACCCCCGACUUUUUACUCCUCACUGCUGCUCCUCCUCUGCUCCCUCAUCCUCCACACAAGUGCAUUAACAUCAUGUCGGACGAACCAGUUCCAGUGUUUGAACAGGAGAUGUAUCACAAUGAGAUGGAUGUGCGACGGUACAGAUGACUGCGGAGAUGGCUCCGAUGAACUUCCUGCUAACUGCUUGACCAAAACUUGUAGUCCGACACAGUUCAGCUGUGGGGGCCGUCUUAACCAGUGUGUGCCGAAAACUUGGCGUUGUGAUGGAAAAGCUGACUGUGAGAACGGAGCCGAUGAGGACGGCUGUGCGGCCAAACGGUGCCAAGCCUCAGAGUUUCGCUGCGGGAACGGCCAGUGUGUGUCCUCCUCCUUCGUGUGUGACGAUGAGGCGGACUGCGACGACGGUAGCGACGAGGCCUCGUGCCCGCCCGCCACCUGCACCGCCACAUCUUUCCAGUGUAACAACUCGGUUUGCAUCCCACGCCUGUGGGCCUGCGAUGGCGACUCCGACUGUGCCGACGGCUCGGACGAGUGGACCCAGAACUGCGGCUCGAAGGACGUGGCCUCCACCCCCGCCCGCCGGUGCGGCCCGCUGGAGUUUCACUGCGGCAGCGGGGAAUGCAUCAAUGGGAACUGGAGGUGCGAUGGAGGAGCCGACUGCCACGACCGAUCGGACGAAGCCAACUGUGCUCGGGUCACCUGCCGUCCCGACGAGUUCGAAUGUGGCGAUGGAGUCUGUAUCCACGGCAGUCGCCAGUGCAACCAGCAUUAUGACUGCGCAGACAUGAGUGAUGAGGUCGGCUGUGUUAAUGCAACCCAUUGCGAGGGUCCCACCAUGUUCAAAUGCCGCAGCGGGGAGUGCAUUAACAUGGAGCGGGUGUGCGACAGGCAUCGGGAUUGCAGGGAUUGGUCAGAUGAGCCUCUUAGGGAAUGUGGCGCCAAUGAGUGUGUCUUCAACAACGGCGGUUGUUCUCACACAUGCAAAGACCUGAAGAUCGGCUAUGAGUGCAUGUGUCCCUCCGGAUACAGGCUCGUUGACACUAAACGUUGUGAAGAUAUCGACGAGUGCGCCUACCCAGACACCUGCAGCCAAAUCUGCAUCAAUCAGAUCGGCAGCUAUAAGUGCGACUGCGAGGAGGGUUAUCAAGUUGACCCAGCGACCAAAGCCUGCAAGGCCAUCGGUACCAUUGCCUACCUAUUUUUCACCAACCGUCACGAAGUACGAAAGAUGACUUUGGACAAGAGUGAAUACAUAAGAGUGAUCCCCCGUCUCAAGAACGUCGUGUCUCUCGACAUGAACAUGGCCGGCCAAGAGAUCUACUGGUCAGACAUCUCUCAGAAAAAGAUCUACAGAACUUCGAUGGAUUCAGCCGACGAUGCCACUCACCACCACAUCGUGAUCGACACUGACAUCGACGCCCCUGAAGGCAUCGCCUUCGACUGGAUCCACCGUAACCUUUACUGGACGGACAGCGUUCGCAGUACCGUCUCUGUCGUGACGGCAGAUGGCGACCGCCGCAAAACUCUCUUCAGCCAGGGAUUAUCCAAACCCCGCGCCAUCGUGGUCGACCCCCACAGCAACUUUGUGUACUGGACCGAUUGGGGAAAUCCUGCAAAGAUUGAGAAGGGAGGCCUCAAUGGAGGAGAUCGCUCUGCUCUGGUCACUGACAACAUCGUCUGGCCGAAUGGCAUCACACUGGACCUAUUAAACCAGCGGCUCUACUGGGUGGACUCCAAGCUGCACACGCUCUCCAGCAUCGACGUGCAGGGCGGCAGCCGACGUACCCUCAUCAUUGACGAGCACAGCUUGGCUCAUCCGUUAGGAAUCACUGUGUUCGAAGAAAAAGUGUUCUGGACGGAUGUGAGCAACAAUGCAAUCCUCAGUGCGAACAGGCUGACGGGCGACGGCAUCACACCAGUGGCCGAGCACCUCAUGUCUCCAGAAGACAUCAUCCUCUUCCAUAACCUCAAACAACCAGCCGGAAGGGAUUGGUGUCAGGUGUCCAAUGGCGGUUGUGAAUUCUUAUGCCUGGCAGCUCCUCAAGUGGGCCGCCGCCCCCCCAAAUACACCUGCGCUUGUCCAGAUAACAUGAUGCUGGCCAGGGACAUGAGGACAUGUGUGCCUGCUGAGGCGACGACCGAGGCUCCCGUACAGCCUCAUGUGGCCACCACCCGGCCCCCUCGCCUGCCGCCGGUACCCCCCAGUCCCGCUACGUCUCGGACCACACCUAAACCCGAGGUCCGCACCACCACCGCCACGCCCGUGCUGAUCACCACCACUGCCGCCCGGCCUGCGCGACGCACCACCAAACCUCCGAUCAGGAGGACCACGGCAGAACCAACAGUGCCUGCCACCAAGCCCCGGUCCCAGACCACCACCCAGGCUCCCGCCACUUCUCCAGAUCUCCAACAUGGAAAGAAGGUCGUACCGCAGACUGCCUCCAGCACCCCAAUAGCACUUUACAUCGCCUUACCUUUGGCAGUCGUUUGUCUGCUGGUCGCGGGUGCUCUGCUGCUCUGGAAGAACUACAGGCUGAAAAACACCAACACCAUUCACUUCGACAACCCCGUCUAUCAGAAAACCACUGAAGACCAAGUGCACAUCUGGAGAAGCCACAGCAUCGACGGCUACGCUUAUCCAAAAAGACAAGUUGUGAGCUUGGAUGAAGAGGAAGAUAAUCCCGCCUUCACAGAAAACUGAAACAACGGGGAGGAAAGAGGAGGCUCAUCAAUAAGCUACCUUUAACGUCUUUUAGGAUUUACCUCACACAGCACACAGCUAUUGAAGACAAAGCCUGAAUUUGACAAACCGGACAUGGGAAAUCCUCAAAAAGCUUUAUACAGUGAAAGAAUCAGGGUGGAACUGAAAGGAAGUUGUAGUUCUGUCGUUUCUCAGUCUAGUCAGUGGUGGACAUUUUAUAUUUAAACAUAAAUCUUAAAGAGGUUAGAUCCCUCAACUUUUUUUUACCUUCUAAUUGUGCUUUUCCAUUUUAUAUUUCUAGCGCUGCUCGGCUAGUGGACAAGGGGCUUAACUGUGAUACAGAUGCUGCUGGAUAAUUUAAAGGUGCUGUAGGCAGGAUUUUGCUAGUCAAUGCUAAUUUUUCUGUGU